AUGUCGUGGACACGCUUGCCCACACGGGUGCGGCUCGAGAUCCUUCAACAUCACCUUCGCUCGACUGAAGCCAUCGAUCGCUCUACGCAUCUCGACAACCUCGUUUGGGGAGAUUUGGAAGUACUCAUCAGUACUCAGAACAUGCAGCUGGUGCAACUGUCUCUCGAAGCGUACUACACCUCCAACACAUUCGUUGUCAAGCCAGAAACAGUAUACAAACGCCUUCUUCAGACGAAGGUCUUCCGGCCUCGCACAAAGCAUGCUCUCAUGAUGAAGCGACUUAUCGAUGAGACAGCUCCACCAGCACCAGUGACCAAGGUCUCUAUGUCGCGAGCAGACUCGGGUGUCUGCCUCCAAGACUCGGCUUUCCAGAGCGAUGAAGAUGAACUGGACGAGCUGAACUCCAUGCAAGGCUCAACGUCGGAAGAGUCAGCUCCUGACGAAGGUCCAGCUUCGCACGGCUUGUAUUGGGCGAUGCACCGCACGGCGCUGAACAGAUCGGCUAGGCUGAACCGGUUGCUUGAGAAACGAUGCAGCUAG